GGCCGGGGCGGAGCUGAGCUCCGGGCCGCGGCGGCUCCUGGGGGCCGAGGCGAGAGUGGGAUCUAGUGGAGCUGGAGUAGCCGGAGGGACCGCGCAGCAGUGCAACCUUCGUUUGGAUUCUUCUCACUCUUCAGAACUUCCCUGUAACAGAGCAAAUUUAUUCAUUAUGAUGUCAACACAGGAGAGGACAUUGCCCCAGAACUGUGAAGAGAUCCCAAUGAUGGAGGCAGGCUCUGUGGUACGGGCUGUCUUUGAUUUCUGUCCCAGUGUCUCUGAAGAGUUGCCACUGUUUGUGGGGGACGUCAUAGAAGUGUUGGCUGUCAUAGACGAAUUCUGGCUCCUUGGGAAGAAGGAAGGAGUCAUAGGACAGUUUCCCAGCAGUUUUGUGGAACCUGUGGAUGUCCCUGCUUUGAAGCAAGGGGAAAAGCUGUUUGUCUGUACCAGCAAUUUUACUUCCCAGGAGCCUGGCAGCCUCACCUUGCAGAGAGGAGACCUGGUGAUUCUGGAUGGUUCUGUGGCUUCUUCUUGGCUCCAAGGCCAAAGCUGUUGGGGGGACAGAGGCUUCUUCCCAUCAUCUUGUGUGCGAGAACUCUGCCUCUCAGCCUUUGGCCCUCGAUCCCCUUAUGGUACCACCCUAGAGAUGCCAUCCUAUGCCCUGGGUCAGGCUCGAGCGCUGAUGGGCCUUUCAGCCCAGCUGGAGGAGGAGCUGGACUUCCGGGAAGGGGAUACGAUUACUAUUGUUGGGAUCCCUGAGCCUGGGUGGUUUGAAGGGGAGCUUGGAGGUCACCGAGGUAUCUUCCCUGAGGGGUUUGUAGAACUUUUGGGUCCCCUAAAAGCCAAGAACAACCCAGAGGAGCCAGCAUCAUUGGAAAUCCAUAGCAUGAAUGGAGUGAAAGACCAGUACUCACAGUCUGAGGAGAAGGCAUGGAGUGAUGGGGAGGAGCUUCCAGGGCCUUAUGGGAUCGCCCUCUAUCAGUUCCAAGCCAUGGAGUCUGCAGAAUUGGACUUUGAGGUGGGAGACAGGAUACGGAUUCUGGGGGUCCUGGAAGAUGGUUGGCUGGAGGGGAAUCUUCGAGGGAGACGUGGCAUUUUCCCCCACAGAUUUGUGAGGUUGGAGGAGAGUAGUCCGCCAUCUAGAGUGAAAUGGGAAUCUGGGUGUCCGCCAAAGGGAGAGGGCUCUGAGGCAGCCAGCACACAAGAAGCAGGUCCCCCUGCAAUGUGGGAGGAGCCUGGAUGGAGCUCGGCCUGCACUGAGGAGACACCCGGUCAUCUCACAGUGAGGCAAGAAGACGCUUUGGACUCUGAUGUCAAACAGAAUGAAAUGUUUGACCCACAGAAUGAAGGCAGGCUGGGAUCUUUUCCCUCAGAUAUGUCAAGCUCUCCCUGUGUGGAUUCUCUUAAAGUCCUAAAUGGAGUUUCUUGCAUACCUCAGCCUCCACUCCAGCCAAAGGAACAACCCUGUGGUCAGGUGAGUAACACAGAGUCCAGCCAGAGCCCAAGGACCUUGUUGAGCCACGCGGAGGCCCGCAAGCCCUCACAACAGGACGGAGAGGCUCACAGUCUUUCCCAUAAGAACAUUCAUUGUGAGGACUUGGCCACUUACAUAGACAUCCAGCGGCGGAAGCCCAAAUCCUGCUCUUCCAGCUUUAGUGGGACCCAUGAAGGCCUGGACACUUGGCCUGUCUGUCGUGGUGCUCGAGCCGAGCAGCCCCAAGGAGUGUUCCACGGGGAAAGCUGUGGUGACCUUGAUUCCAAACUGACAGAGCAGCUGGCUCAGUUUGAGCAGAGUCUGGUGGACCCUGUUAGAUAUGACAGCAGCGGGACCCCACAGCAUGAUAAUGUCUCCCGGCACUUUUCCAUCCUGGACUUCAGCUCUGAGAAGGACAUUGUACGGGGUUCAGUGGAGCACACUCCACAGAGGAGAAAGGCGCUACGGCCACCACCUCCCCGGCCGAAUACCCCUGUCUGUGCCCCACUUCAUUCAGGCCACAGCACCCAAACUGCACCUCCCUCUCAGUCUCUUCCAACCUCUGUGCGGCCCUCCAGGCCAGCACCGCUUCCACCUCCCGGCAGCCAGAAGAGGAGCCUAGGCUCUGCCAAGCUACGGUCAGGGAGCAAAGAGAGACAAGGCAGCAGUAAUGAUCCCAAAGGUGCAUCUCAGUGUCUCUUCCUGCUGGACCGCAUCCAGGAACUGGAGCAAGAACUAGAUGUUUAUAGCAAGACCCACGCGGAGCUCAGUGUAAUGCUGGAGCAGUCACAGGGUGAACCUGGGCAAGCCAAGAUGCUGGAAAAUCUGGACUUUUGUGACUGCAAAAUGUCGACCCUACACCUGGAGUUGCAGGAGCUGAGGGAAAUGACUCUGCUCUCCUCCCAGCCAGCAUCACUGGAGUCUGCUGAAGCCACCACUCCUAACCCAGAGCAAAGGAUGUUGGAGAAAAGGGCAAAGGUCAUUGAAGAGCUGCUGCAGACAGAGCGUGAUUAUAUCCGGGACCUGGAGAUGUGUGUGCAAAAGGUCCUGGUGCCACUGCAGGAGGCACAGGUGCCACAUGUCGACUGUGAGGGGCUGUUUGGGAACAUCCAUGGUGUCAUUGCUUUCUCAAAGCAGUUGCUGAGCACCCUGGAAGCUGCGGAUGCUGUUGGGCCAACCUUCUUGGCAUUUCGGGCUGAGCUGGAGGAUGUGUACAAAGUCAACUGCCAGAACCACGACGAGGCCAUUGCCCUCCUGGAGACCUAUGAAAAAGAUGAGAGGGUGCAGAAGUAUCUUCUGGAGUCUCUAGAGAGCCUCAGGAGUCUCUACACUGAAUGGGGCUGCACCAACUACAUUGAUCUGGGCUCCUUCCUGAUCAAGCCCGUUCAGCGUGUAAUGCGCUACCCGCUGCUGCUGAUGGAGCUCCUUAGUGCAACACCUGAGUCUCAUCCAGAUCAUGCUCCGGUGGCAGCGGCUGUCCUAGCUGUAAAGGAGAUCAACUGUAAUAUCAAUGAGUACAAACGGCGAAAGGACCUAGUGCUGAAGUACCGCAAGACUGAUGAUGACAGCCUCAUUGAGAAGAUCUCCAAACUCAAUUUCCAUUCCAUCAUCAAGAAAUCCAAUCGUGUCAGUAGCCACCUCAAGCACCUCACAGGUUUUGCACCCCAGCUCAAGGAUGAGGCUUUUGAGGAGACGGAGAAGAAUUUUCGGAUGCAGGAACGGCUGAUUAAAUCUUUCAUCCGGGACCUUUCCCUUUACCUUCAGCAUGUCCGGGAGUCGGCCUGUGUUAAAGUGAUGGCAGCUCUGAGUAUGUGGGACCUGUGCAUGGAGAAGGGCAGUGCUGAGUUGGAACAGUUCCAGAAGGUCCAUCGCCUCAUCAGUGACCAGCUCUUCUCUGAUUUUAAGGAGCGCACAGAGCGGCUGGUGAUCUCUCCUCUGAAUCAACUGCUGAACAUGUUUGCUGGGCCUCACAAACUGGUGCAGAAACGAUUUGACAAGCUCCUGGACUUCCACACUUGCACGGAGCGUGCCGAGAGACUGAAGGACAAGCGGACCUUAGAAGAAUUACAGUCGGCGCGCAACAAUUACGAAGCCUUGAACACACAGCUACUGGAUGAGCUGCCCAAAUUCCAGUGCUGCGCCAAGGAUCUCUUCACCAGCUGCCUGCGUGGCUAUGUGGAGGCCCACUGUGACUUUGUGCGCCUGGUGUUGCAAGAGCUGCAGCCUCUUCUUUUGCUGCUGCAAGUGGUCGGCAAAGAGGGGAAUCUGGUUGCCAUCUUCCAGGAAGAGCAUAGCAGGGUCCUCCAGCAGCUGCAGGUCUUCACCUUCUUCCCAGAGAGCGCCCCUACUGCCAAAAGGCCCUUUGAGAGGAAAAGCCUGGAGCGCCAGUCAGCACGGAGGCAGCCACUUCUGGGCAUGCCCAGCUACAUGCUGCAGUCAGACGACCUGCGUGCAGCCUUGCUGGCUCGGUACCCCCCCGACAAGCUCUUCAAAGCAGAGCGCAACUUCAACGCAGCUCAAGAGUUGGACGUGUCACUGUUGGAGGGUGACCUUGUGGGUGUCCUCAAGAAGAAGGACCCUAUGGGUAGUCAGAACCGGUGGCUCAUUGACAACGGAGUGACCAAAGGCUUUGUGUACAGCUCUUUCCUGAAGCCAUACAACCCUCGAUGCAGCCACUCCGAUGCUUCUGUGGGCAGCCAUUCCUCUAGUGAAUCGGAGCACAGCAGUUCCUCAUCUCGUGGUAGCAGCACUCCAAGCAGCGUAGCGAGCAAUGCAUCUGUGAGCAGCCCUCAGCAACCUCCCCAGGACUCUGGCUUCCAAGGGGAUUUGGUCAGCUCUCUUCAGUCCCUCUCAGAGGUGGAUGCCCUUUGCCAACCCCAGAUGGCUCCUACUGUAGAGUCAUCUCAGCCACCCCGCAUCCUUCCAGCAUCCUGGCGAUAUAGUAAUCCUGACCCACAUAAUGGACACCCGGCCCGGUCCAAGGCUAGGAUAAUGCCUUCCCUGCAGAAUGGCAACUCUAGGCUGAGGAACAGCGACUCUAAGGGGAACCAGGUCUACUAUGCUGUUUACACCUUUAAGGGACGGAACUCAAAUGAACUGAGCAUAACAGCCAAUCAAAGACUAAAGAUUCUGCAGUUUGAAGACAUCACAGGCAACCAAGACUGGUGGUUGGCAGAGGCACAUGGAAAGCGGGGCUAUGUGCCAUCCAGUUACAUUCGGAAGACUGAGUACACGUGAGAGAUGGGUGUCCUGGGGAUGCCAGAAACUGCUGCCUUAAUCGUUGUUGGAACCAAGCAGAGAAGGGGGGCCUCACUCUCUCUCUUUGUCCCGUCCCACUAUGAUUUCAAUUGAUAACUUUGUUGGGGAGUCAAACCAGCUUUCCAGUGAAGUUGAAUGAGGCUGUUUUAUCCUAAUGAGGCAGAACUUCACGGCUGGCCCUAAGGGGCUGGCCCCCUUCCCUCCUUUGACUAACAGAAGUCAAACUAGCUGCAGAUUAUGCAACUGAGAGGCAAAUGGUAACCCGGGGGCUGGGUGGCAGGAGCACUCCAUGAUCCGUGGAAGGCUCCAUCUUGUCCAGUAUUCUGUUUCCCACAGUGACCAGCCUGAUGCUUCUAGGAAGCUCACUAGCAGGUCCUGAAAGCAACAGCCCUUCCCCUGCCCAUUCAUCCCGCAGCAACUAGUAUUCAGAGACAGUACAGAUCUCUGAACUUAGUUCCAUGUAGCGAUCAUGGCAAAUAGCUACUGCUAGAUCUAUCCUUCAUGAAACAGUUGCAGGACUGAAGAUCCACUACAGGCUGGUCUUUUGUUCAGUGGUGGGUCUAAUACAUGGACAGGUUGCAAGAGUGUUUUCCUACAGAUGGCCAUGUUGUAUACAAGGGUGCUGGACAUGACCAAAAAUGAGAGGGCUUCUGCACAGACUUCCUUUCUCUCAGUGUUACUUGACAUUAGCUGUUGCAAGGUGCAUAAGGGCUCCUUUACUCAGCUUCAGGUGGGGUCUGGUGGCUCACCUUGGAUGCUGCACUGUCUGUGUGUGAGCAUAAUGCUGGGACUGCAUUGUCUCCUGGGAACAAAUCAGAAUUGUUAGGGGGCAUUCCUCAUCUGGAGCGAGGAGCAGAGUGUAACAGCUGCGUUGUGCCUCCUGGGCUGCUGUUAUGUAAAUAAAAAAUCUCUUUCUGA